AAUUCAUUCUCUUCCAUUAGGCACCAAAUCACCGUAUGUCAUUCAUGUCGAUGGAAUUAUGCCCAAAUGUACCUUUUCACUCUUUCUAGUUUCAUGGGCUUGUAAUCUCUUUCUUUCACUUGUUUAGGCAUGACUCAGACUGUCAAGGAAGUUGCGGUUACCAUAGCGACGAAGAUGGACAACUUGCCUCCCGUGUUCACCGAGUGUUGCAUCUAUCGAGUGCCUGAGAAGCUCCGCAGAGCAAAUGCAGAGGCCUACACACCGCAAGUCAUCUCCAUCGGACCGUUGCACUGUGAUAAGAAAGAGCUUCAGUCGGGGGAGGAGAUCAAACUGAGGUACUUGAAAGGCUUCCUCUGCCGCAUUAAGGCCGACCUCCUAGCUUGUACCAGUAUGAUCAGUGCAUUGGAAGAGCGCAUUCGGCAAUGCUACCAAGAAAAUCUCACCCAAGGCAGUGACGAGCUCGUCAAAAUGAUCUUAUUGGACGCAGUUUUUGUAGUUGAGCUUUUCAUAAGGAACUAUUACCCCGAGCACCGAGACGAGAACGAUGAGAUCUACAGCAAGCAGUGGAUGAGCAACGGCGUAUUCCAUGACAUCCUGCUGCUGGAAAACCAAGUCCCCUUUUUUGUCCUCGAGAAUCUCUAUAACCUCACCGCAUUGGGGACCACUGUCACAUUCUUCAAGCUCAGCUACGAGUACUUCAAAGAUGUCUUGCACGGGCACGAGCUUGCAGCCACGAGAAUUCAGGUGCGGCACCUAGUGGACUACGUGCGAGCCCUGCAACUGCCCUCAUUCCCGCGGGCCUUGAUGUCCAAAUGGGCCAAGAAUUUUGAGCUGACUCGCAGCGCAAAGGAGCUGCACGAGGCCGGCGUCAAGUUCAGACAGGUUGAGGGAACCUCGUCCGUGCUCGAUGUCAUCUUCAAGGACGGGACCCUCGAGAUGCCACGCCUGGUUGUGCACGAGUGGACCGAGGUGUACUUCCGGAACAUGAUUGCGUACGAGCAGUGCCACCACGAAUACAAGUACAUCAGCAGCUACGCCGUCCUCAUGGACGGACUCAUCGACACGUCCAAAGACAUCGACAUUCUAAUCCGCUGCGGAAUUUUAGAAAAUCAGCUCGGGAGCACGGAAGACGUGGCUAGUCUCAUGAAGGGCAUGUACAAGUCGACCAUGAGGGACUCCAGCGAGUUCUUGUACUCCGCGCAAUGUGAGGAUCUGAACGAGUACUACCGGACCCACCGGUGCAAGGCCCUCCUUAACCGGGACUACUUCAGCAAGCCGGUGUUCAGGAUCUCCGCGGUCACCGGUGGGGUGUUGCUCGUUCUCACCAUAGUGCAAACCGCGUGUUCCUUGAUGGAUGUUUAUGCGGGCGAUGCGGGGAGAUUGUUCCGUUGGCACAAGUGA